AUGAACAAGCAGAUUGUCAACAGCCCCGAAACAGUCGCUCCUGGACCAAACGAAGGUGCGGGAGUCGUAAGAAUCAACCCCGAAAAUGAGCCGCAGAGCGUCCCACCGCAAGCCCUGGCCGCGACGCUGCCCAGGCCGCCCUGCUCGCUCUCUAGCGACAACAAAACUCUCGCCUCUGAAGAAACCAAAGCAAACGAUUUGGAGAGGACCAAAGUCGGGAUCUGCAAGCUCAGCAGCACCCCGGUGCAAGCCAACUCCCCCCUCCGCAGGGAAUCUCUAGAGACCUUUCCGUACCAGCUCGCCCCGGGGGCAGGAGCCGCCGGGCAGGCUAUUAUCCCUCACUGCAAAAUUCCCGCUUUGCAAAGCACAGUCGGGGACGCUACUCUGAACCUUAGCAAGAACACGCUGGAGCAAAACGACGCCAAAGGCGCCUGGGCGACCUUGAGCCAGAGCACUGUGGUGCUGGGCGCAGAUGGCAACACUUCUGUUCUCCCUGGCAGAGUCGAGGGGGAAGACGAUGCAGGGGAUGAAAAUAAAGCCCGAGGGAACUGGUCCAGCAAGCUGGAUUUCAUCCUCUCCAUGGUGGGUUAUGCGGUGGGGCUGGGCAAUGUCUGGAGAUUCCCGUACCUGGCCUUUAAGAAUGGGGGAGGUGCCUUCCUCAUCCCCUACUUGAUGAUGUUGGCCCUCGCGGGGAUCCCCAUCUUCUUCCUGGAAGUCUCCCUGGGGCAGUUUGCCAGCCAGGGGCCCGUGUCGGUCUGGAAAGCCAUCCCCGCCUUGCAAGGCUGUGGCAUUGCGAUGCUCAUCAUCUCUGUUCUGAUAGCCAUAUAUUACAAUAUUAUCCUGUGCUACACUCUUUUCUAUCUUUUUGCAUCCUUUGUACCCGUGCUACCUUGGGCUUCCUGUAACAAUCCCUGGAACACUCCGGAUUGUAAAGAUAAAAACAAACUUUUAUUAGAUUCUUGCAUUGUCGGUGAUCACCCAAAGAUACAGAUCAAGAACUCCACUUUCUGUAUGAGCGCCUAUCCCAACUUGACCAUGGUUAACUUCACCAGCCAAGGAAACAAGACAUUUGUCAGCGGAAGUGAAGAAUAUUUCAAGUAUUUUGUAUUAUUUGCAGGAAUUGAAUAUCCUGGUGAGAUUAGAUGGCCCUUGGCGCUGUCUCUUUUCCUAGCAUGGGUGAUUGUAUAUGCCUCUCUUGCUAAAGGAAUCAAGUCAUCAGGAAAAGUGGUGUACUUUACAGCUACAUUUCCCUAUGUGGUUCUCAUUAUCCUGCUCAUAAGAGGAGUAACCUUGCCAGGUGCUGGAGCUGGAAUCUGGUACUUCAUCACACCAAAGUGGGAGAAGCUAAUUGAUGCUAUGGUUUGGAAAGAUGCUGCCACACAGAUUUUUUUCUCCUUAUCUGCGGCAUGGGGAGGCUUAAUUACUCUCUCUUCUUACAACAAAUUCCAUAAUAAUUGCUACAGGGACACGUUGAUAGUCACAUGCACCAACAGUGCCACAAGCAUAUUUGCAGGCUUUGUCAUCUUCUCGGUUAUUGGCUUCAUGGCGAAUGAACUGAAAGUAAACAUUGAAGCUGUAGCAGACCAAGGUCCUGGAAUUGCUUUUGUGGUUUACCCAGAAGCCUUAACAAGGCUCCCCCUUUCUCCCUUCUGGGCUAUAAUAUUCUUUUUGAUGCUUCUGACGCUUGGACUGGACACCAUGUUUGCCACUAUUGAGACUAUAGUGACCUCUGUUUCGGAUGAGUUUCCCAAAUACUUACGUACACACAAGGCACUGUUCACUCUUGGGUGCUGCGUUUCCUUCUUCAUUAUGGGUUUUCCUAUGAUUACUCAGGGUGGAAUGUACAUGUUACAGCUUGUGGACACUUAUGCAGCUUCUUAUUCUCUUGUCAUCAUUGCCAUCUUUGAGCUUGUUGGAGUUUCCUAUAUAUACGGAUUGCAAAGAUUUUGUGAAGAUAUAGAAAUGAUGAUUGGAUUCCAGCCAAGCAAAUUCUGGAGAGUCUGUUGGGCAUUUGUGACCCCCACUAUUUUAACAUUCAUUCUCUGCUUCAGCUUUUACCAAUGGGAACCAAUGACUUACGGAGCUUACCACUAUCCAGCCUGGUCCAUGGUCCUUGGGUGGUUGAUGCUGGCCUGCUCAGUUAUUUGGAUCCCAAUAAUGUUUGUAAUAAAAAUGCAUCUAGCCCCUGGCAAAUUUAUUGAGCGGCUCAAGCUGGUGUGCUCUCCACAGCCCGACUGGGGUCCGUUUUUGGCCAAGCACCGUGGUGAACGUUACAUGAACAUGAUCGAUCCACUGGGAACCUCCUCCCUGGGACUUAAACUGCCAGUGAAGGAUAUAGAACUGGGGACCCAAUGCUAA